AUGGCCGCCGCCACGACCGACACCAGCUCCGGCGAUCACUUCGCCGGCGCUUGCGGCGUGAGCGUUGGCAGCGCGUGCUCCACCCCCUUCGUCAGCGCACCGUCCACCCCCGCCCGCGACCCGUCGUUCCAUGCCGCCGCCGGCUACUGCUUCAGCGCGCCGGCGAGCCCUGCACGAGGCCCCGGUGACUGCGACUACGAUUUCGACUUCGACUUCUCGUUGCAGUUUCCGUCCCCGGCCGCCGCCGCGAUGUCCUCAGCCGACGAGCUCUUCCACAACGGCCAGAUCCGCCCAAUGCGGCUCUCCUCGUUCCUCCUCCGUCCGCAGGCGCCCCCGCCCACCGCCGACCGCCCCAACGGUGAUCGGAUGCCGCCGCAGGAGGCAUCGUCGCCAUUGGACGAGCGCGGCCGUUUCCGGAGCCGGUCGGUGCAUCGCAGGUCCCGCUCAGCCUCGCCAUUCCGGGCACACUGGAUGUCACCGUUAUCUUCGCCCGCCCCGGCGAAAGAAUCCGUACGGACGCCGACAUCAGCGUCACGGUCGUCGUCCUCGUCAUCGACGGCGUCGUCCGGGUCGUCCUCGGCCUCGGGAAGCUGCGGCCGGUGGCGGUUCUUGAAGAAGCUCAUCCAUCCGUACAAGUCCGACGGCUCCAAGCACCAACGUCCACCAACGCCAGCGAGCCCCAAGACGAACUCCCCGCUGGCAGCUCCCAACAAGAACCCCACCCCGGCGAUGGGUAAGCGCGGGAGGAGGAGCUCGGCGCAUGAGCGGCUCUACGAGGCGAGGCGGGCAGAGGCGGAGGAUAUGCGGCGGCGCACGUUCCUGCCGUACCGGCAGGCGCUGCUUCUCGGCUGCCUCGGGUUUGGUUCCGGCGGUUACAGCGCCAUGCACGGCUUCGCCGCCGCCACCACCGGCAAGUCCAAGUCUUGA